AUCUUCUUCUUUCCUCCCUCUCAUCUAUCUCUCUGUGUGCGCCAUGGAAUCAGAUAGUCGGCGAUGAUUUCACUCCUUCGCUGAACACAUCGCCGAGGAAAUGACAAAUGCAACUUGCUAAAGCCUAAAGCUUGGCGUCUUCGUCAUCUAGACGGCGACGUUUUAGUCUAGCUGCUUCUUCUCCUAGCCAGCUCCUCCGGUGGCUCUAGAGAGAGAGAAAAACGAACUUCUAAUUCACUGUUAAUAUCCUCUAAAAGACGUUGUGUUAGCUUUCUUUCUCUCUUGUUUGUCUCUCUCUGAACUCUUCGUACUUUCUCUGCGAACUCUCUCUUUCUCUCUCUCUCUCUCUCUCUCUCUCUCGCUCUGUUUCUCUUCCUUCGAAAUCUGAGCUCCGAUCGUGUUCUUACCAGUCCUUGGGGGUUUCUGGAUCGGUCUCCGACGUUCGAUUCGUUGCUUUGAAAGCUAGUAAUCGGUGCUCAAAUGGUUUAUGCGAAGCCAUUUCGAAGCUAACAAGUAGGUGAAGGUCUUCUUAGCUUAAAAAAACAGAAUCAGAGUUCAAAAUCUGGAAGAUGAGGAGCGCGAUGUUAGAUCUCAAUCUGAAUGUGCUCUCGGCCGAGUCGACUCAGGACGAUGACUCGGUCGUUUUUCCCGAGAAGUUCCGGGAGGAGCCAAUGGACGAAUCGGGGACCUCGAACUCCUCGAUCGUCAAUGCCGACGCCUGCGACGACGACUCGUGCUCUACACGCGCUGCCGGGGACGUGUACACGUUCAACUUCGACAUAUUGAAAGUCGGAGGAAGUGAGAACGACGUCGUCACCAAGGAGCUCUUCCCUGUGAGCGGAGGAGCGAACGGGGAUUCUGUGAAUUGGCAGGGUCAGUCCUCGUCCUCUUCUUCGUCUAAGAAGAAGUGGAUCGACCUGUCGUUGGAUGACGGCGGUGUGUCCGGUGAGGUGAGAGUGGUUCAACAACCGCCACAGCAACAGCAGGUGAAGAAGAGUCGGAGAGGCCCGAGGUCACGGAGCUCGCAGUACAGAGGGGUCACGUUCUAUAGGAGGACUGGGAGAUGGGAAUCACAUAUCUGGGAUUGUGGGAAGCAAGUGUAUUUGGGUGGAUUCGACACUGCUCAUGCGGCGGCUAGGGCCUAUGAUCGAGCUGCUAUUAAGUUCAGGGGAGUUGAUGCUGAUAUCAAUUUCAAUCUCAGUGAUUAUGAGGAUGAUCUGAAACAGCAGAUGAAGAAUCUCACCAAGGAAGAAUUUGUGCACAUACUACGUCGGCAGAGCACCGGAUUCUCUAGGGGGAGCUCGAAAUAUCGAGGAGUGACACUGCACAAAUGUGGCCGAUGGGAAGCUCGUAUGGGACAGUUUCUUGGGAAAAAGUAUAUAUAUCUUGGGCUGUUCGACAGCGAAGUAGAAGCUGCAAGGGCUUAUGACAAGGCAGCUAUCAAAUGUAAUGGAAGGGAGGCAGUCACCAACUUUGAGCCCAGUACGUAUGAAGGGGAGAUGAUCUCAGAGGCCAGUGUUGAAGGUGGCAACCACAAUCUUGAUCUGAAUUUGGGGAUAUCUCCUCCUUCAUUUGGUAACAGUUCAAAGGAUCAGAAUGAGGGGUGUCUUCAGUUCCACUCUGGCACUUACGACGUGCACAGCGGAAGGAUGGAGAGCCAUGUGCAUGCAGCAUCAACUGAUCCACCUUUCAAAGGGCUAGUACUGACAUCAGAGAAUUCGCCCAUAUGGAAUGGUUUAUAUCCUCUCAUUCCCAAUGAGGAAAGAGCAACAGAGAAGAGAAUUGCAUUAGGCUCUUCACAUGGACCAGCCAAUUGGGCAUGGCAAAUGCAUGGCCAAGUCAGUGCUACUACCCCAAUGCCACUGUUCUCGACUGCAGCAUCAUCAGGAUUCUCAUUUUCGGCUACCCCUCCCUCCUCCGCUGCCAUUCUUCCAUUGAAACCUCGCAAUUCAACCGCCCACAAUCUCUGUUUUACUUCGUCACCCACGGUUGCCACCAAUGCCUCUCAAUAUUUGUACCAGAUGAAGCUACCACAGGCACCACCAUAGCCUUGUCAAGGGGCAACAAAACAGUUGUGAUAUUCAAAAAAUUUUGUAUAAUCCAAAUAUUGUUUUGACGAACGCACAAGCACACCCCCAUUCCUGACUUCUUUGAUACAUCAUCAAUAUACUAUGUUGGUUAUAUCAGUAUGAAGAAAUGUUAAUUC